CAGAAAUCUCCUGCCUCUACCUCCCAAGUGCUGGGAUUAAAGGUGGGCACCACACCACCUAGCAGUUAGCUUUCUUAGACAGCCUAUGCCUACCUGCAUAGGGAUGGCACUGCCCACACUGGACUGACUGUAGCAAUUAGCAAUGAAGAAAAUGCCCUACAAUGUGGCCAAGGCACAUCUGAUCUGGGGACCCCAGCUGAUGUUCCUGUUCUAAGGCAUGUUCUCUAAAUUGCAACAUUUCCUCCAAGAGGGAAGAAAAAGGGUCACAAGGCAAACAAAAUAUUAACAAUGUGGGAGAAAACAGGAACUUUGAAAUAUUCUUGAGGGCCCCUACCCAGCAGUGAAAAAGGGAGAAAAUAGUUUAUGAUUAGCCACAUUGCAAAAAGAAAUUCUUAACUGGACUCAUGCAAGCUGUGUGUGUCUGGAGGCUGCUCCUAUGUUGUUGAUUACUUCUGCUCCUUGUAAUUAACACCUCGCUCAUACUCCUGUUGUUCCCUCUUCCUAGCUCCCCCUUACAGUGUUGACAUCUAAAACCAAGAGUGGGAACAGUAUCGGUAGAGAUCCUGAGCCUCUCUCUAUCUUCACGGACACUGACUGAAGAGACAGGAUGAAUGCUGAGCUACAGAGGAAAUUUGGUGUCGUAGUGGUUGGUGUUGGCAGAGCUGGCUCUGUGAGGAUAAGGGACUUGAAGGAUCCACGCUCUUCAGCAUUCCUAAACCUGAUUGGAUUUGUGUCCAGACGAGAACUUGGGAGCCUUGAUGAAGUACAGCAGAUUUCUCUGGAAGAUGCUCUCUGCAGCCAAGAGGUUGACGUUGCCUAUAUUUGCAGUGAGAGUUCCAGCCACGAAGACUAUAUAAGGCAGUUUCUUCAGGCUGGCAAGCACGUCCUCGUGGAAUACCCCAUGGCAUUGUCAUUUGCUGCGGCCCAGGAGCUGUGGGGGCUGGCCGCACAGAAAGGGAGAAUCCUGCAUGAGGAGCACAUAGAACUCUUGAUGGAAGAAUUUGAAUUUCUGAGAAAAGAAGUGGUGGGGAAAGAGCUGCUGAAAGGGUCUCUCCAUUUCACAGCUAGCCCACUGGAUGAAGAGAAAUUUGGCUUCCCUGCAUUCAGUGGCAUUUCUCGCCUGACCUGGCUGGUCUCCCUCUUUGGGGAGCUUUCUCUUAUUUCUGCCACCUUGGAAGACCGAAAAGAAGAUAAGUAUAUGAAAAUGACCGUGCAGCUCGAGACCCAGAACAAAAGUCUGCUGUCAUGGAUUGAAGAGAAAGGACCCGGCUUAAAAAGAAACAGAUAUUUAAGCUUCCAAUUCAAAUCAGGGUCGUUGGAAGAAGUGCCAAACGUAGGAGUCAAUAAGAACAUUUUCCUGAAAGAUCAAGAUAUAUUUAUUCAGAAGCUCUUGGGCCAGGUCUCUGCAGAGGACCUGGCUGCUGAGAAAAAGCGCAUCAUGCAUUGCCUGGGGCUGGCCAAUGACAUCCAGAAGCUUUGCCACCAGAAGACAUGAGGAGGAGGCUUCAGAGUCCUCUGGAAUAGGACAGGGUUUGCUCUUACCAACAGUUCACCUUUCGCUUUACAAUUAAAGACAUUGGAGAAACAGAA